CUGACAGCUAGCGUCGCAGUUCAGUCGAGUCGUAGUUGUCGUGCCGUGCGGAUCACUCAAGCAGUUGCAGUUGAAACCGUCGAGAUCAGUGAAUACAGUGAACACUCCCAGAACACCGCCAAGUACAGUGCGCGUGCAUCAUGUCGAGGCACAACUAUACGAAUCCGGCCUUCUGCCAGAACAGCGAAUUCUAUCCGGUGGCGUCCAACAAUUGCGUCGAGUCCAUUUACAAUCGCAGCCUGCAGUUGAACUUCAAUGCCGUCUCUCGCACCGCUCAGCCACCGGCCGCGGCCUGCCGCGACCCGCGCGAGGGGCCCUUGCGCAUGCAGCGUAGCAUGUCGACGCGAUCGGUGACGCGUAAACAGUACCAGCAGCAACAGCAGCAGCAGCAACAGAAGCAACAGCAGCAACACAAGCAACAACUGCAGCAGGAGCAGCAGUCUUCGAGUGGCCGCUAUGCCUUGGUGCCACUGGAGGAUCUAGGCGCCGUGGCCAGUCGCUAUGCCAUUGUGCCUGGCCAGGCGGCGCAGCGCUUGGCGCGCUCGCAGGACAAUCUGGAUCGGUAUGGCUCGCGGCAGGGCCUGCAGUCAGACGAGGAGCCGCACUCCUUUCACGAGGAGCCGCAACAGCAGCAGGAGACGCAGUUCGCCAGCCUGCCGCCCACACUGAACGCGCCGCCGCCCAAGCCAGCGCCCAAGAUCAAGCACGCCUUCUCCAGCGACUUUGGCAGCAAGACCUUCCUCAUUGUGGACAAGAACAGCAACCAGCGCUAUCAGAUGGUGCCCACAGCGGAGGAUGAGGAGCUGGUGGACGAGAACCAGGAGAUCAUACAGAUGCACAAUGGACGGGCGCAUCGCUAUGCGGUCAUACCCACGGAAGCGGAUGACGACUACUUGGCGGCGGAGGACUCGGCGCAGGCGCAGCAGGAGACCUGCUUGAGCAACACCGAGCUGAAUCAGCCAUUCAACAUGCGUACAUCGACCCCGCAGCAGCGCAAUGCGGCAGCUGCCACACGAGCGCUGCACGAACUGCUUACCACACCCCGCAAAAUGCAACCACCACCGCGCCUAGCCCAUUCGACGCCGCGCAACGCUGCCCACCACGAGCAGCUGCUACGCGAGCGUCAGCUACAGCUCUACCAGAGCCAGCAGCACAUCAGCCUCCACCAGCAGGCCACCACCACCACCGUCUCAGUUGCGCCGUCGCCGGCGCUGCCGCUGCGCCAGCAGCGACUCUCGCCGCAGCGACUGCACUACGAGACGGUGAAGCCGGCAGCGACGGCCACAGCUCAACAGCAGCAGCUGGCCAGUGACCGCACCACGGCAGUGAUUAGUCCGCGUGUGCAGGGCCAGGAGCUGGAUCUGAGCAGCGUCCAUGGCAAGUCGAACAUCAACAACAACUCGUACCCACAGAAGCUGGCCAAUGCCACCAUCACGCUGGCCAUUGUCUCGUUGAUGCUCGUCCUGGGCAGCACCAUGAAUGCCGGCCUCAUCAUCUACAUGAUCGCCCAUCUCGGCAAGUCAUUCUACCUGCAGUUCGGACUGGUUGCCUCCUUUUGCGGCAUGGGCCUUGGAUUUCUAGGCUUUCGCUCGCGCCACUGCGAGUGGCUGCCGAACCGCAGCUACACCUCCGGCUACAUCCUGGUCACCAUCUUCUGCCUGUUCAAGUGCUGCGGCCUGCUGCUCAUCCUGGUGCUGGACCCGUUUCCGGGACUGCCGCUCCACGAUGUCACCACGGGCGUCAUCCUGGGCCUGUCCACCUUCACCAUGUUCUUCAUCGGCCUGGGCGUCAUUGGCAGCCUCUGGUGCUAUCGCCCGCCGCCAGACAACCGCGUCAAUGUGGUCUAGACGCUGUCUGCUGUUUGUUGUCUUAGUCUUAAUCUUAGCCUAGUUCGUAGCAAUUAAUCUUAGUCUUAGUUUCUCUCUAUUCUUUUUAGCGAGCGGCAUCCGCAACGGCUAGGAGACCAAAAAAAGUAUUCGUAAUUGGAGACGUGUACGAAAUUCCUGCACUGAAUUUUUCAAGACUGUAAAUAUCGCAGCAUGGGGCGCGCCUUGAGAUAAAUGGGUUGUAAUUAGUUGUAAGGCAUCAGCAUUUGUUUUAAUAAUUACUAUCUAAAUUAUUGUCUAUGAUAUUGUUCGACAUUUUGCUUAAGAUUUGCACAUACAAUAAAGUUAUUCAACAAUCGCACACAA